AUGUCCCCCUCGCUUGUUCACCAAAUUCUUGCUAUCGCUCAUCCUUAUGUUGAGUAUUUACAAGCAAAUUUCACCAAAUGGUAUAUCCUAGUACCAGGUAUUCUUAUUGCCUUAAAUGUGUUAACCUUUCUUUAUACAAAGUAUUUGGAGUACAAGUUUAAUGCGAAGCCUGUCACCAACUUUAUCCAAGAUUACACCUUUGGUGUGUUAACUCCAUUGAUUUUAAUUUACUACAAGUCACAGGGUACAGUAAUGGAAUUUGCCAAUAAUCUUUGGGGCAACAGAUUUUUUAUCAAGAAUGCAGACGUGGGAACAGGUGAACUCAGAAUAUUUGGUAUGCACUUGAUUGAAACCAAGGACCCAGAGAAUAUCAAGGCGAUAUUGGCUACCCAGUUCAACGAUUUUUCUUUGGGUACCCGUCAUGGCUUUUUGUACUCGUUGUUAGGAGAUGGUAUUUUCACAUUAGAUGGUGCCGGCUGGAAGCACAGCAGAUCCAUGUUAAGACCCCAAUUUGCUAGAGAACAAGUUUCUCAUGUCAAAAUCUUGGAACCACAUAUGCAAGUGUUUUUCAAACACGUUAGGAAGAACAAGGGGAAAGCAUUUGACAUUCAGGAAUUGUUUUUCCGAUUGACAGUUGAUUCGUCGACAGAAUUUUUGUUUGGCAGUUCAGUUGAAUCGUUGAGAGAUGAAACCAUUGGCAUGUCACCCAGUGUGAAGAAUCUUGCAGGUCGAGAUGAAUUUGCAGAGGCAUUCAAUUAUUCACAAACUAUCAACGCUUAUAGAUUCUUAUUGCAACAGUUUUAUUGGUUGUGCAAUGGGUCUAAAUUUAGAAAAUCCAUUGCUACCGUGCACAAGUUUUCUGAUUUUUAUGUUCAAAGAGCUUUGAGUUUAAGCAAAGCUGAAUUAGAUGAUCAAAAAGGUUAUGUUUUCUUGUACGAGUUGGCAAAACAAACUCGUGAUCCAAAAGUGUUGAGAGAUCAGUUGUUGAAUAUUUUAGUGGCUGGCAGAGACACUACUGCUGGGUUAUUGUCGUUUGUGUUUUUUGAGUUGGCUCGAAACCCAACAGUGUAUGCCAAGUUGAAAGAAGAAAUAUACAAUAAGUUUGGGUCUGGCGAGGAUGCCCGUAUUGAUGAGAUCACAUUUGAAUCUUUGAAACAGUGUGAAUACUUGAAAGCUGUUAUCAACGAAAGUUUGAGAUUGUACCCAUCGGUGCCACACAAUUUUAGAACGGCUACUAGAAAUACCACUUUACCCAGAGGCGGUGGCCCCGAUGGUAUGUCACCUAUAGUUGUUAAAAAGGGUCAAUCAGUUAUGUACACGGUAUUGGCAACACACAGAGAUACCAAAACCUAUGGAGCCGAUGCUAAUGACUUUAGACCAGAGAGAUGGUUUGAGCCUGAAACUAGAAAAUUGGGAUGGGCGUAUGUACCAUUUAAUGGUGGCCCAAGAAUUUGUUUAGGUCAACAAUUUGCUUUGACAGAAGCUUCAUAUGUUACUGUUAGGUUACUUCAAGAGUUUGGCCAUUUGACUAUGGAUCCAGAAACUUGUUACCCACCUAAAUUAAUGAACAGUUUGACUCUUUCCCUUUUAGAAGGGGCAAAUGUGGAAAUGUACUAA